AUGACACCAUACGACAAGUCUAACUACUUAAAGGCGGCACUAACAGGGGAUGGAGCGGCAGCCAUCGAUGGACUGCAGCCCACAGCAGAGUGCUACGCGGACGCCAUCGAUCUCCUACAGCGGAGGUUCGAGAAGCAAGAAGCGCUAAUCCAGGAUCACAUGGACAUACAACGUGUUUCACCUCAGCGCAACGUCAGAAUACUGCGGCGAUUGUAUGAUAGCCGUCAAGCUCGCAUCCAGGGUCUCAAGGCACUGGGCGUGAGCGAAGAAUCCUACUGUUCAAUGCUUUACCCAGUGCUCCUUCGAGCGCUCCCAAGAGAAAUUAUCAUCGAAUACCACCGAAAGACGCUGCAGUGGGAAGCCGAGAGCGUCACCGCCAGUAGAUCUGUACCAGCGUCACAGACAAGUUCGGAACCUACCGCAGAUCGCACACAUCUGAGAGCACUUCGGACUUUACUCGAGUUUCUGCACAUCAAGGUGGAGAGCCAGGAAAAGGCAUCUAAAGAACAGGCAGAGGACGUUGGUGGUAAAUCUACAUCCCAUUUCACCAAGUGCGAGACGCAGAAGUCGACAAACCCCGACAUGCCACGAACCUCUCCUGCUACGGCUCUGCAUGGUGUUGUGAAAGGCCUUAAAUGUUUCUUCUGCAGGUCAAAAAAGCAUGAAACACCCGACUGCAACUCAAGGAUAACGCUAGCUGAAAAGAAGCGCAGGCUACAAAACGCCCAGAGGUGCUUCCGGUGCACGAAAGUGGGGCACAUGGCAAGGAUGUGUCGAGGUACACCCUGCUGGAACAGGUGCCGAGGCAGACAUACAUCCAGCAUGUGCGACCCAGAUUAUACUCCGAGACGAUCUGCCGACAGAUCGAACGCACAGCAAAAGAAAGACGAAGCAUCAGUUAGCCUGCAUGUAAACGAAGAAAACACGCCGACAGUACUUUUACAAACGGUUACCGCGUCGGUGGAAGGCAAAAACAGGAAAAAGCGAGCUCGGAUUCUUUUUGACAGUGGUAGCCAGCGGUCCUUCAUCACGGAAGAGCUAUCGAGGAGUCUCGGUUUCAAACUGCUCGGGACUGAGAUCCUGACUGUCGGAGUGUUCGGAGGCAAGAAUAGGGAACGAACGUACCGCAGGGUCCGAGUGAUUCUGCGCAACCAACACAAUGGCAAGAAAUACAAGAUCGACGCCCUCAACACACAUUCCAUCUCCGAGCAAGAACUCCCUAGCCCUGAGGAGGACGUUAUUGGAAAAAUGGAAGAACUUGGGUUUAAGUCGGGUGACGACCUGAACGGACUGGACUGUGGCGGUGUAGUGAUACUACUGGGAUCGGAACAUUACUGGGAAUGUGUAACAGGAAGGAUCCAACGACUGAGCAACAGCGUACAUGGAUCCACACAAUUGACUUCCGAUACUGUCAGCUGUUCCCAGGUGACAGUGCUCAUAUCCGCUGUAGACGAACAAGAGCCAUCAAUAUUGAGGAGAUUCUGGGAGCUUGAAAGUGUGGGAGUACUCGAAGAGGCGGAGCGAGAUCAGUCAGAUAAUGACAUCAUGCGACGCUUUGAAGCGAGCAUCACCAAGACGAAGGGAAGCGCGGUCCUAAAGAAAAUGCUGGAGGACAACGUACCCGAAGAGAGAGCCCUUGGACAGCUGACGGGAGUGGUGAAAGUGCUGGGCAUAACGUGGGAGUCGAACGAAGACAAACUGUCUUUUACAACAGAACAGGUGGUCGAGUUUACAAACCAACGCAGAAACACCAAGCGAUUCGCGCUCCAGACCAAGGCGCGACUCUACAACCCACUCGGUUUCCUCUCCCCUUUCGUGGCCCGAGCCAAGAUUUUGUUUCAAGAGAUCUGGAAGCGGAACCUGCGUUCGGAUGAUGCACUGCCGGGCGAACUGGUGGGAGACUGGGAGAGUUGGUACGACGAGCUCACCAAACUGGGUCAGAUCAGCGUUGCCAGGUACUAA